AUGCCAGCGUGGAACACAACUGUACAAGACUAUUCACCCCUUAUCACAUAUUCCCCUGUCGAAGCGUGGAGAGGUGGUUCAACUGUAGCGACAUCAAACCCAGGAUUCUACGAAUACUUCAACGAUGAGUAUAAGACAACAAAUAUAACCAACGCGACUGCUUCAUUCAUGUUCAACGGAACCGGUGUCUGGGUAUAUGGCUCCAAAGGGAGAGAUCACGGAGAAUAUACAGUGCUGCUGGACGGACACCCAACCGUGCUCAACGGUAGUGCCCCUAUACCCCUCUUUCAGACAUUACUGUUUGGAGUCGACCACCUGAGCCAAGGCCAGCAUAUACUACAGAUUAUCAAUACGGAAAGAAACUCUGCUCACUCGAAUAUUGACGUCGAUUUUAUCACUUGGGAACAAUCGCGGCCAGACGACACGCUCCUCCAACAUUUUAUUAAAGUCACAGCGGAGACAGGCUGGGACUAUGGACCGUCUUGGAGUCUGGAACAGACCCCUCAGGCACCGGAUAAGCAACUUCUCAGCACUUCGCCCAACUCCACCGUAACUUUGACCUUUUCUGGCUCACAUAUCGACAUUUACGGCUUGACCAAUGCAGAGUGUGGAUCAUUUGUGGCCUCCAUUGAUGGUGACGAAGGCAGCGGACUGCUGUCCUGUUAUACCCCUGAGAGUCACUCUCAUGUGUUGCUAUAUUCGGUUGACACCAGUGGACUGGGUGUUCAUAAUCUGACCAUUACUAGCAAGGAAGACCAGGGCCGCAAGGGACUAGUUCUCAGCCAUGCCAUCGCGACGACGAGCAUCAACUUUCAGGCUAGAUCAGAUCCUCCACUAUCCGGCCCCGUUGGCAGUCGAAGUGGGCCUCCGAAUGCAAGAAUGGCGCUCAUUAUUACCUUUUCAGUCCUCUCUCCCCUCCUUGCGUUGUUCCUCCUUUACCUUGUGUUUGUGAGGAAACAGAGAGUGCACCGGAUCACACAUGACAAGGAACGGAAAAUUCAAUUGGAUGAAGAACUAGGUCAUGCGAACGGGAUGUUGAUAUUGCCGUAUGGCCGACGUGGUGUACGGGUCGAUCUACCUCGCAUAAGUUCCUGGGCAGACGGCAAGCUGGCGGAUAGACUGGACUCCAUAGACUCUUUGGAAGGGUCUUUCGGACAGGAGCCAGGUCGGGUAUACGAGCAGGAGCGGCCGCCACCACUAGAGGUCUCGGAGCGGCGGCGCUCCAAUGGCCUAAAGAGAUCGCAAAGCAGCCCUCCUCAGAUGUCAUCACAAGCCGUACCGGGCAAGAAACGACACGUCGGCAUCACUAGCGAUCACACCAGGGCCACGCGAGCCGCCGCGGUCCCGAGGCUGAUCAUCCCAUUGGAUACAAAUCAGGCAGCCGGCCACCGACAUAUGCGAGAUGGUGGUCUGGGGGGAUAUGGAUUUGGUCGCGCGAGGUCGUCACCUAUGACCCCGCCGUCUGCACCACAGACGAUGAGCCCGCCGCCGUUUCCCGAGUUUCCAACACCAUUGCUUGGAUUAUCUUGGAAUACCGGGAGGAGCUGGAGAGAGAAAAAUAGGAGGUUAUCUCACCCUCCUCCACCCGCGUACGAGCAAGCAAUGGCCAACGUAUGA